AUGUCGGGAAUCCUUCGGUCAAAAUAUCGAACGGCACUUCCGCUCUUCCUUUCAAUCUUUCAAGGCCUGGCCGAGGCAGUGUCACCUGUCUCCAUCAAAGGAACAAAGUUGUACGAUGAAAGCGGCGCUCAGUUUUUCCUCAAAGGCACGGUAUAUGUUGCUGGGGAUAAUCGCAAUGAUCCUUUAUUGAACACGACCCAGUGCCAGAUAGAUGCAGAACAUCUAAAGAAUGUUGGCGCCAAUGCAGUCUACAUUUACAGCAUCGAUGUCUCCAAGCUCGGUCAGCAUCGAGGCUGCAUGGAGGAGUUCGACAAACAGGGGAUUUAUGUCUGGCUUCAGCUGGGACAGCUUCCCAUGGUUCUGUCUAGGAGCGAUAACACUCCCAGAUGGGACCUCGGCUUCUACAACACCUGGACCUCAAUAAUCGAUUCGUUCUCCGAGCACGAUAACCUCUUGGCUUUUGGAAUCGGGCAGGAAACGAUCAACGGCACGUCCGUCACAACAUUGGUGGCCCCCUCUGUGAAGGCCGCCGCCCGUGAUCUGAAGCUGUUCCGGGACAAACGAGGAUACAGACCGAUACCCAUCAGCUACACUGCCGGAGACUUUGAACAAUAUCGUCUUCUGACAGCUCAGUAUCUCACCUGUGGGCCCGCCGAGUCUAGCGUAGACCUUUACGGCAUCAACAUCUUCAACAACUGCUCUGACGACAAGCUUGACCGUCUGCGGUCCGAGUUCUCCAACCAUCACACCCCGGUCGUGUUCGCCGAAGACGGCUGUUUUCCAGAGACCCGCGAGUUUUCCGAAGUCCAGACUUUCUUUGGGGAAUCCGAGUUCUCACGAAUCUUCUCUGGCAUGAACAUCUACCAAUGGGGACGCAAUGAGUUCGGAUUUGCUCUUGUUGUCUAUGGUGACGAGGCCGACCGAAACCUCGGCCAACCCGGUACAUUCUUGCCAGCAUACACAUCUCUCCAGCAGGUUUGGAGCGAAACCGUUCCCCAGUCCACCUCCCGAGAUGCCUAUACCUUUUCAUCGACACAACUACCUUGCCCGACAGCUAACCCCCAGGUCGGCUGGUUGGUGGAUAGAGCUGCUGCAUUGCCGGUGAUAUCGGGAUUAGACAUCAACACCGUGACCGCCCGUACGAGACGAACCAGACCAACGACGUCCACCUCAGCAACGGCAGUGCCCACUGAAAGCGGGGACAACUCUAGGGACAACUCUAGGGACGAGGAGGUCCUCGCCAGUAGUGGCAUGUCCGCAGGCGCGAUUGCCGGGAUGGCCAUCGGUAUUGUCGCCGCCGUUGUUGGUGGAGCAGGUGCUGCCUUUUGGUUUUUGCGGAGACGGAAAUCUCGUCAAGGGGAGCCCGAUGACCACAACGGCCCUUAUGAGAAAGCUGCGGCUGAUUCUGAUCGUCUCUCAACUGCCAAGACUGAGCUGCCUGACCAAGAGAGAGCUGCGAAUGAACUUGAGGGCAGGUUCCACUAUCAUCAACUACCAGUAAAGACGGAUUGGAAGUACCCUCUCGAGGCUGGUAGUAAACCUGUCAGUGAACUCCCUGAUGGAGCAGGUCGGCCUGGAAAUCAUUUUGAGUUGGAGGGGAGCCCAGUGCAUGGGCCGGGGUACAACCCGGGAGCAGAGUUGCCUGCGCCUGCACCUGUACCGAAGUAA